AUGGGAAACGGCAUGAGCCAGAUCCUCCCCGGCCUCUACCUUGGGAACUUCAUUGAUGCCAAAGACCUGGAGCAGCUGAGCAGGAACAAGAUCACCCACAUCGUUUCCAUCCAUGAGUCUCCCCAGCCCUUGCUGCAGGACAUCACCUACCUCCGGAUCCCCCUGCCAGACACCCCUGAGGCCAACAUCAAGAGGCACUUCAAGGAGUGUAUCAGCUUUAUCCACCAGUGUCGGCUGCACGGAGGGAACUGCCUCGUCCACUGCCUGGCUGGCAUCUCCCGCAGCACCACCGUGGUGGUCGCCUACGUCAUGGCCGUGACGGAGCUGAGCUGCCAGGAGGUGCUGGAUGCCAUCAGGACGAUCCGGCCAGUGGCCAACCCCAACCCUGGCUUCAGGCAGCAGCUGGCUGAGUUUGGUGGAGGCUCAGCUCGCAAGGUCCGCAGGCACCUGAAGCAGAGGUUUGGGCCAUCCCCUUUCAACGACGAGGAAGAAAUCAAAGCCUUGCUGCCAGCAGGGAGGGGAGGAGCAGCCAGGGCAGAGGGAGCCCGGCAAGGACUGGUACCGAGAGGCAGAGACAUCAGGAGCACGACUCCCUUCCUGCUACGGGUGAAGAGGACAUUCUCCUGCAUCCCAGCCUGUCUGAAGUGACCCCCAGGCAAGGGAGAGUGGCCAGAGUCACCCAGCAGCCUGGGAGAGACGAAGGAGCCACAGCACAGCAGGCCAGGGCAGCAGGCUGCAGGGGAGCCAC